AUGACCACUGUCAAAACCCUUGUUGUUGUUGCUGUCAAGCAGAAAUGGCCUCUAUUCCAGUUAGAUGUCAAUAAUGCAUUCUUGCAUGGAGACCUUGAUAAGGAAGUCUACAUGAAAUUGCCCCCUGGUUAUUCAUUAUCUGAUAGUUCUUCUUCUGUUCCUUUGGCUUGCAAGUUGCAAAAAUCCCUCUAUGGGGGUUACACACAUUCCCUUAAUGAUUAUUCCCUGUUUACUGGAAGUUCUGGUUCAUCUUUUGUAUUAUUGGCUGUUUAUGUCGAUGACAUUAUCCUCACUGGCACUAAUGCCACUGAAAUUGACACCUUAAAGUCUUUUCUACACAAACAGUUCCGGAUCAAAGAUUUGAGAUGUCUCAAUUACUUUUUAGGGAUUGAGGUCCUUUACACUGAUUCAGGGGUUCUUUUGCACCAAAAGAAGUUUAUUCAUGAUCUUUUGCGGACUUUCAACUGCAAUGAUGUUUCUCCUAUUUUGUGUCUUCUCGACAUGACUGUUAAGUUGAAGCAAAAAGAGGGUGACCCGCUACCUAAGCCUGAUGAAUAUAGAUCUUUGAUUGGGAAGUUAAACUUCCUUACUCAUACCAGACCUAAUAUAUGUUUUGCUGUCCAACAUCUCAGUCAAUUUAUGCAAUCCCCUUGCUUACCACAUAUGAAGGCUGCUUUACAUCUUUUGAGAUGCUUGAAGGGCAUUGCUACCCAUGGUAUUUUUUUCAUCUCCAACAAUGAUCACUCUGUCUCUGCGUUCUGUGAUAGUGACUGGGCUGCCUGUUCUGAUACUCGCAAAUCAGUUUCUGGUUUCUGUGUUUUGCUAGGUGGAUGUUUGGUUGCUUGGAAAUCCAAGAAGCAGCCUGUUGUUUCUCUGUCCUUGGCUGAGGCUGAGUACAUGGCCAUGAGUAAAGUAGUGGCUGAGGUAACUUGGUUGUCCAUGUUGUUGUCUGAUUUGGUUGUCACCUGUCCUUCCAUUCCUGUUUACUGUGACAAUCAAGCUGUCAUUCACAUUGCUCGUAAUCCGGUGUUUCAUGAGCGUACCAAGCACAUUGAAUUGGAUUGCCACUUUGUCCGGACAAAGCGGGCUGAUGGUCUUAUACAUUUGCUUCAUACUUCCAGCUCCACUAAGUUGGCUGAUAUUUUCACUAAGGUUCUUGGAGGUGCAUCUCAUCAUGGCUUUCUUCCCAAGUUGGGGAUUUUGUCAUCCUCCAACUUGAAGGGGGGUGUUGGAAUACCUCCAGUUCCUAAUUAA